AUGUGUCCCCGUGUGCUUCUCGCAGCACGCAGCCAGCGACUUCGACCCCUCCUCUUUCUUCUACCUGCUCCCAAUCACCCUGCACGUCUUGGCCGGACUCUGGUUCUUCACAAGGCCUGCACUGACGUACGCAUGAACAACACGAGCCUGAUCGCUGUGAUCUACGCUAUUCUAGGCGUCUGUAUGGUACAGGUGGGUGCGUAG